AUGCAAAUGCUUCAUCUUCUUCUUCUGACAAUUGCAGUCGCCUGUCUUAAUGCUAAUGCUGUUCCCGAGGAUGCUGCUCGAGCACAAGCCAUAGCCCGAAAUACAGCUGCAUGCGAAAAAUGGUAUAAAGCUGAACCACAUCCAUUACCAUUCUUGGAACAAACACGAAACUGUCCAUGUCGUAUAUCAACAAGCUUUCCAAAAGAAUUUAGUGAUGGUGGUGCAGUAUGGAAAACAGAUGCAGGCUGUGGGGCAAGUAGCCAACCAAAUACAUGUAAUUAUCAUAAAGGUGCAUGGGGAUGUUAUCGUCAUGCUUAUAAAAGCAAAGGACCCGGUGCUCAAUGUUGUUAUGAUAGAUCAGGUAAUUGGAUGAGUGAUCCACAUGCAGGUGCUGGUACAUUAGAUCGUGAACGAGCACCAGACAAUAUAUUGAAUUUAAUUCAAUGGAAUGCACAUAACAAACAUGAUGUUAUACCAUGGGACAACUGUUGUAAAGAUCCAUCCAUGCCAAGAGAUGUUUGCCAAUGGUAUUAUGAUAGACGACCACCAGGUAGUUGCACCAAUUAUAAUUUAUAA